GCCCUUGUUUUCAAGCUUUCAAGUUGAAACGACACAGGGCCUGUAGGCCCUUGUUUUCAGGCUUUUGGCCUAAAAACGUUACGGGCCUAAAAUGAGGCCCGUGCAGCCUGUUGCAGGCGCAGCAUGUAACAACAGCCUCGAUGACGCGGAUCAGACGCACAACCAGGCGUUAGCUCAACUCAACAGCCGCUUCCAGCAGCUGGAGCAACGACCCGUUGCCGCCCCCAAUGCCAGCUCCUCCAACACCUUCGAUCGCCUCAAUGCAUUGGAGAUCGACGUCGGAGCCCUCAAGGACGACACGCAGCUACAGCAAACCGCCAUGCAACAAUUGGAGCAGCGGAUCUAUGCUGCCGCCGCCAACCCGAGUUCGGCACCGCGAGAGACGACUCCAAGGUUCGAUUAUGAAGAGAUCUUCUGCGAUUCGACGAAAACGGACCCAAUUUCGUGGUUCCGCAAAUUCGAGUUCAAGUUGCAGUUGCGCCACAUCAGCGAGGACAAGCAUCACGCGUACUUAUACUCCCGCUCGGGGGGCGCGUGCCAAGCAUGGUUGGAGAAUCUCUUGUCCAAGUACGGGGUUGUAGCUGCCGACUUGUACACCAAGAUCAGCUGGGAUGAUCUAAAGGCGGUGUGGCAUAAGCGGUUCCAAGUAGAGCUAUCGGAGAUUAAGGCAAUGGACAAGUUGAUGACCUUCAAACAAGGCACGCUGUCGAAUGUUGACUGGAGUGCCGAGUACCAACGCUUGACAUCCGCCCAAGGCAUUCAGAUGGGCUUCAAGAUCGUCAAACACUACUUCAUUUCGAGGUCGUGUCCGGAGUUGGGCAACGCCUUGACUCACGUCGAGGACACCCUGACGACAACGGCGGAGCUCUUCAACAAGGCCGUGCAGAUCAUUGUCACAAACAAGGAGGCCAAGAACCUCAACCGUUCGUUUGCGGCAGGUCCGAGCAGAGAUCACCAUCGGCCGAAAGUGGAAGUGGUCUCGGCGGCAACGCCAACCGGCCAAUCUAGCGAGGCCGUGUCUGCCAAUGAAGGGGACAGACUCGCAGCCGCCCGGGAUGCCUUUAUACAAAGGGCUGGCCUUAGCGCACAAGUUCGGAGGAAAGCACACCCGACGGCGCUCAAGUUGGCGGACGGAAGGACGCGGCAACUUAUUGACAUCUACAUCGAGGCCGUGCCGGUGUAUUUCGCACCUCGUGCAUGUGAACCGGUGACAUUCGACAUUUUGGACACGGACUUCGAUUCCGGCGCCGAAGUGUCGUGUACUAUUCCUCUUCCGCACCCUUCGAUUCCGUGCCAAGUGGUGACGGCCAAGUUGUUCCGGGCUACUUGCGCUAACGAGCAGCCCGACGAGAAAGGCCUAUGCUUCCUACGGACUGUCGUGGUAGCAAACUCUUCACCCACGGACUUGUCUUCGGACCCCCGCGUGGUGUGGUUACUUUAUGAGUUCGCAGACAUCUUCAAGUCACCUACCGGUGUGGUGUCGGAUCGGCCGAUCUCUCACGAGAUCAUUCUUAAAACCGGUGUCGUGCCGCCGAAAGGCUGCAUUUACCGCAUGAGCGAAGAGGAGCUUACGGUCCUCCGCGCGCAACUCGAUGACUUGUUGGACAAGGACUGGAUUCGCCCUAGUCGCUCCCCAUAUAGAGCGUCAGUUCUCUUCAUACGGAAGAAGAACAAGGAUCUACGAUUGUGUAUCGACUACCACAAGCUCAACGCGCAAACUGUCAAGAAUGCGGGGCCUCUUCCUCGUAUAGACGAUCUCCUUGAGCGAUUGGGUGGCGCGAAGUACUUUUCUAAGUUGGAUUUGAAGUCGGGAUACCAUCAUAUUUCGAUCCGGUCGAACGAUCGCUAUAACUCCACAUUCAAGACGCGGUAUGGGCAUUUUGAGUGGGUGGUCAUGCCUUUUGGCCUCACCAACGCCCCAGCGACCUUUCAGGCGGCAAUGACUAGCGAGUUCCGUGCGAUGGUAACGGACAACAAUCCGUUGGUCUUCUACACGACCCGAGACACUGUCGAUAACACCAUCGCCCGUUGGAUGGCUUUUAUCGACCAAUUCAACUUCUUUCCCGAUCACAUUUCAGGGAAGUCUGACCAUUUUGCGGAUGCUCUUUCACGACGUCCGGAUCAUUGUACCGCAGCCUAUUCAACCUUCGAGAUCGACGACGACCUGCGGGACAGCUUCAUCCGCGGCUACCAAGCUGACCCCGACUUUUGCGACAAGUACGUGAAUUGCUCCUCUCCUAAUCGGCGCCUUCUCACUACCGGAUCCAAGAGGAGUACUUGCGCAUCCACACACGGGGGAAAGACCACCUUUGCGUACCGAGUGACUCUCACUUGCGAACACGGCUUCUUGCCGAGUUCCAUGAUGCUCACGCCACCGGUGAGCGACCGACUCACCAAGUUCGUCAUGUUUUUGCCUUGUCGCUAUCAUGCCAAGGCACCGGAGUUGGCCGAGGUUCUUUACGUCGGUUGGAUUCGAACCAAGGGUUACCCCAAGGAAAUCGUCUGCGACCGCAAACACUCGGUUCAUGUCCAAUUUUUGGUUGGCGCUCAUCAAACGAUGGGGCUCAUCUCCCAAGCCAAGUUCGGCUCCCACCCCCAAACCAAUGGCCAAACGGAGAGGGCGCAUCAGACCGCACAGGUUCUCCUUCGCACUCUCAUCCGUCCCGACCAAAAGGAUUGGGUUGAGCGGUUGCCUGAUGUCGAGUUGCCAUACAACUCGUCCAUCCACCCAACUAUCGAGAUGUCGCCUUUCGAGUUCGAGCACGGCUCGCCGGUCACUUCUCAGUUGGACACAAUCAUUCCACGAGAGGGCAAGAGCGACGACCAUCUUCUUUUCUUGCGUCGGAUGCAAAAGCUAUUUGUCAAAGCACGCGACCAAAUGGCUAAGACGUAGCAACGCAUGAGCCAACAGGCCAAUCACCAGCGUCUUCCUUACCCAUUCCGCGUCGGCGAUCUCGUUUGGGUUUCCGCCGCGGAGUUCAGCCUCGAACAAGAUAUCUCUUGCAAGUUCCUCCCGAAAUGGAUGGGGCCCUGGCCGAUCGUGGCACCCGCUGGGGAUUGAACCGAAGGACCUUCCUUCACCAUUCAGGUGCCCGCCCACUUGCCCGUCUACCCGGUCUAUCAUUGCUCCAAGUUGGCUCUUUACACUCG